AUCAAUAGGCAGGCGGAAGUGACGUUCGGUUUUUGAACCGUUGGCGGUUUGUCCAGGGGGAAGAAGCGAGCACUGGCUGCUAAUGCUCCACAGAUAGACAGGAAUUUACCUUUUAAAGCUGAAUUUUUUAAAAAUAAUACCUAUUGGAAACAUGCAGAACAAGGAGAACCGUGAACCCAGAAACCUCCUCACUCAGACCGUCAGACCUCUCAGAGACGAGAUGAACUCUGCAGCUGUCAUGGGCACUGGUCCUGGCCGAGUCCCAGUGAAGCCCAGCACACAGAAGAAGUUCUCAAUUGAGGACUUUGAUAUCGGCCGGCCGCUGGGAAAAGGCAAGUUUGGGAAUGUGUAUUUGGCUCGAGAAAGGAAGCUGAAGGUCAUCGUGGCGCUGAAGGUGCUCUUUAAAUCCCAGAUGGAAAAGGAAGGAGUAGAACACCAGCUCAGGAGAGAGAUCGAAAUCCAGUCUCACCUCAGACAUCCAAACAUCCUGCGCUUCUAUAACUACUUCCACGAUUCGUCACGCGUGUUCCUCGUUCUGGAGUACGCACCACGUGGGGAGAUGUACAGAGAACUCCAGCGCUGCGGCCGCUUCAGUGAUCAGCGCACGGCCACGUUUAUGGAGGAGAUUGCAGAUGCUCUUCAGUACUGCCACGAAAAGAAGGUGAUCCACCGCGAUAUUAAGCCUGAGAAUCUGCUGCUGGGCUUCAGAGGAGAGCUCAAGAUUGCGGACUUCGGCUGGUCUGUCCACGCGCCGUCACUGCGACGGCGCACCAUGUGUGGCACUCUGGAUUAUCUUCCUCCUGAGAUGAUUGAAGGGCAUUCUCAUGACGAGAAGGUGGAUCUGUGGUGCAUCGGUGUGCUGUGUUACGAAUGUUUGGUGGGAAACCCUCCUUUCGAGGCAGAAAACCAUUCAGAAACAUACAGACGCAUCACCAAGGUGGACCUACAGUUUCCCAGAGUGGUUUCAGAUGGUGCCCGUGAUCUGAUCUCCAAGCUGCUGAGACAUAGCCCCUCCAUGCGCCUGCCUCUGAAGAGCGUUAUGGAGCACCCAUGGGUGAAGGCCAACUCGCGCAGAGUCCUGCCCCCUGUCUGUCAGCCUAAACCCACUCCUUCACACUAGCCUUAGCUCUUACAUGAUGCUUUUUAUCUCUGUAAUAAAAAAAUAUUUCAUGAAUAUGUUGAUGCAGAUGAGUAGCUUUUUUUUAAAAUAUUUUUUUUAGCUGAGUAAAUUCUGCAUCAGUCAUUCUGAUCAUUUAAGGUGCACAUGGUGUGCAGGGGAAUCAGGAUUUCCACCUUACAAGUAUGGCUUCUGCUUGGUGUGUGUGUGUGUAUAUAUAUAAGCAACUGAGCCUUCCUCGUCUCUGCACUGAUUGACCAUUUUAUCAGACAAACCUACUACAUAUGUGCACACUGUAGGCGUACAGUUGCUGGUUAAUCGGUGUUGACCACUAGUCAGGUCCCUACUACGCCCGAGCGUUUUCUCUCUACAGCACUGCUGGUAGCUGGAUUUUUAUUUUUAACACACAUAUAUGUAUCAUACACUGUUUGUCCUUUCUAUGUGUUUAGAGCUUUUUAUACUGUUGGUGCUCUAGUUAAGUGAUGGUCCUGACCAGUAAAGAACAUGCUGUAGUGCUGUUAUGGAGUAUGGUCUUGCUGUAUGGAACCAGUUUAAGUUUGAUGUUUAAAUAAAAACCUUGUAAAAUA